AUGCCUGGCAUGUGGCUUUCAGAAAACCAGAAGUAUGGAGUUAUCUUCUGUUCCGCUGGUGGCUUGUUCUUCUUUGGUGGUGUGCUCAUGUUUUUCGAUCGGUCAUUACUUGCUAUGGGAAAUAUCCUCUUCAUCAUCGGCCUUACCCUAAUCAUCGGCGUCCAAAAAACCAUCGCAUUCUUCACUCGUCCUCAGAAACUCAAGGGAACCGCCGCUUUCUCGGCGGGAAUCAUUCUCAUCCUCCUCCGCUGGCCUUUGAUUGGCUUCUUGGUCGAACUAUACGGACUGUUCAUUCUGUUCGGCGACUUCCUCGUCACCAUUGGCCAAUUCGCCGGGAACGUACCAGUCGUGGGUCCGUAUAUCCAGCGCGGACUUGAGAUCCUUGCAGGCGGCCGAAGCAACGCUGAGUUGCCCGUAUAG